AGAGAGACACAGGAGAAAAUACGCGUCAUUUCAUUCCUCCAGAUUAUUAGGUGUUCCAUAUUCGUGAUAUUCAAAUUUGAUUAAGGGGUGAACUGUUGUUAUCUUAUUGAUAAGUGAUAAGAUAACAGGCACACUAUCAAUUGUACCUCCUGUGUCCCUACUCCCUCGCUUGUGUCUAGACGUAAAUAGAGAAAGGCUCUGCAGGAUAACAAGAUGUAUAAAAUGAAGGGAAAUUUUUACCCUCCCAUGGGCGGCUGGCUUGAUGGUGAUGACGACGACUCAAACUGGGAGCAGUACAAGAGGUGGGCCAGUAUCUGGUUGGAGAAAGAGCCGUCCAUAAAUGAGAAAUGGUAUUUUGUGAAAAGUGAUUGGCUAAGUAGCUUCAGGAUGUGGCUUAAUUCAGACAAGGAAGACCCUGAACCGGGCCCAAUAGACAUCAGCGGAAUUCUCGGGCCGGACGAUGACCUGCUCGGCGCCCCUCACAGACGAGACAUAGAAGCGAUCCCCGAGAAUUUCUUUCAGGUGCUCUCGAAACGCUUCACCAUCAAGGACAACGAGACUGCCAAGUUUAGACAUGUGGUAGCCAACAAAGACUCCAGUACCCCCAAGUUCAUGGUGGAACGAAAACUGAUGCCUGUAUAUUUAGCUCAUAGUCGUGACUGCAUGAAGUGGGAUCCCUACAAGAUAUCUCGCGAGGACAGAAUCUUUGAGAUUGAAAAAUACCUCAGGACUCACUUUGAAAUAGACAGGCUCCUACCAGUCCGCAAUCACCACUACUGGUGUGAAGAGCAGGACAUCUGGGAGUGUUUAACCAACAAGCACGAGAAGGCUGACCAAAUCUACGAUGUGGACGGGCGACCCAGGGUGUUUAUGGUUGAGCCACAGAAUCCAGAUGGAACGUGGCCUCUCGAUAUGCCCAGGCUCCCCUCACAGCCCCAGAAGCGUGUGGGUACUAAAAUAAUGGGUCGUUGGGGCUACGAGACACUGGACAAGAUCAGAGGCGGCUGCGUGGGAAAACACGGUAGUCACCCAGGACUCAUAUCCUUCCAGAGUUAUCAGAACAGCUGCUACAUGACCUCUGUGAUUGUGCAAUUGGCGCAAAUUCCUUCCUUGCGAGACUACUACCUCACCGACACCUACCUGAAGGAACUGAAUGUGGACAAUCCUCUGGGGCGGAAGGGAAGGUUCGCUAAAGAGUUCGGUCUCUUGGUUAAGCACAUAUGGAAAGGUUUCUUCUGUUCCAUCAAUGCUGUGAGAUUCAAGAAAGAGAUGGCUAAGUACAACCCAGACUACACUUUUUGCAACAUGAACGACUGCCACGAGUUCCUGUUGUUCCUGCUGGACGGACUGCACGAGGACUGCAACCGCGUCGUGAACAAGCCGUACGUUGAGCUCCCGGAGACUGCUGGCCGGCCGGAUAAGGAACUGGCGGCCGAGGCGGUCGAGUACUACAAGAAACGCAACGAUUCCCACAUAGUGGACAUCUUCUCCAGCCUCAUAAAGGGCACCAUCAACUGUGGGGUGUGCGGCAACACGAGCGUCAACUUUGAGCCCACACCGUGCCUCUCCAUCCCAAUCCCCAUCGAUGAUUUUGUAAUGAGAAAGAUGAGUUUUAGGGCCCUAGACCAGACAAAGCCAAUGCAACUAUUCAGAACGCCCAUAAACCAGCUCAUGACUCUGGAGGAAAUCAAGAUGAAGAUCGCCAAACAGAUUGGGUACGAGCCGUGGGAGAGACUGCAGUUAGGGAGAACCAAGGAGACAAGACUGUAUCACAACUAUGAGGAUGAACCAAAUCCUGUUGUGAAGAUGUUUGGACGAGAGGGUCACCUGCCCAUUUGUGUACUGGAGACGCCUCCGCCACCCGGAGAUGAGAGCCUUGUUGACGUAAGGAUUGACAUCACCGUACCAAACGUCGACAGCAAGAAGGCCUGGACCAACUGGAUGUGGGGCGAGACUUCCCGAUUCUUCGUCCCCUUCUUCGUGAGGAUUCAGAAGACCGCCACGUACGACCAGGUGUACGAAGCCAUCAUGGAGGGCUUCGGCGACCGCAUCGUGAUUCCACCCGAGAGCGACGAGUGGUGGGUGUGGCAGAGCCCGGAGGACGACAAGGAGGAGGAGGAGAUCAGGAAGACGUAUUGCACCUACCCCAGCAGUGUCUACACGAAAACAGACCUGACCAACAAGAAGAACAGGUGGACGAAGAAUGGCAAGCACUACCUGUUCCGUAUGUACAAGAAGGCAGCUUUUGACGAGGGUCUUCCCAAUCACGACAAGGCGCAGGAGGUAUUCAUGAAUGGUGAGCCGCUGACCUUGGAGUUUCACCCGCUGUACGCUAGGAAGUAUCUCAUCGACAAGAUCUACCAAACACCCAACGCGACGGAAUCUGUCAACUGGAAGUACGCUGACCCGCCACGUGCCACCAAGAGUCUGUACGAGUGUCUGGACGAGUUCCACAAGAACGAGAAAUUGGAUUCGUUAAACAGUUGGUUCUGCAGCAGUUGUAAGGACCACACUGAUAGCUUCAAGUCCUCUGGAUUUUGGUCAGUGCCGAACUACCUGAUAAUCCACUUAAAGCGCUUUAUGUUCAAACCUCCCAGUGAGGCCACAGUACGUAUUAACGGCAGCGUCAACAGAGAUGACAAGAAAAUCAACAGCCUGGUGACGUUCCCAGAAUUUGGACUCGACUUGGAUCCCUACAUGAUUGACCCCGACCACGUGAAGGGCUCGGCCAUGUACGACCUCAUCGGCCUCAUAAAUCACGACGGCAAAACCUCCAGAGCUGGACACUACUUAAGUUUUGUGAAGUAUACAGAAGAUCAGUACUGGUACUCGUUCAAUGAUGACAUGAUACAACCAGCAGACCCAUGCAUGCUACAGACCCGAGGGGCAUACUUGCUGUUAUUCAAGCGACGCGGUGUCGAGGACCUGAAGUUUACCGAACCCGAAGGCGGCGCGACCGAACCAGAAAAUCCUGCCCCGAGUGACGAUGAAAUGGAAAAGCCAAAGGAAUCAUUCUCUGGGAGGACCCAGAGAUACAUGACCAGCCCUCUAUCCAUGGCCAUCGACAGACCCAGCCAGGGAAUGGGGAUGCCUUCGUUCUUGGAAAUGAACCCUAAUGAAUUCUCAGAGGAUCUCCUGGAAAUGUACGAACCAGAUUUUACUCCCAUGAGCCGCUAUGAAAAGUACUGAUGAUAACGAAGAAAGGAAAUGAAGUUGUCUCUGCUGAUGAUUGUGUCAGAUGAAGCAGAAGAAAUAUAUAUACAACAUUUAAGACACAUGAUGACCACAACAGAUAACCCGGUUCAUGGUGUGUUAACUGGGCGUGGUAAUUCAUGGCUUAUUAACUCUAUAUUAUUCUUUAUAUUGUUAAUAUAAUUAUAGAUAAUCACUUGUUAUGAGGAGCUGGUCUGUGAUUGGUUGGAGGAGACAGCUGGCUUAAAGGAUAUAUAAUUUUGUCAGUAUAUUUGGUAAAGUAUUUGAUGUUACAUGUUUAUAAUAGAGGAAGAUAUUAUUCCUAAAGGUGUAUAUUGCAUUAUCUUAAUGGUUUAGACAAUUUGUAUGUUAUAUCAGUACAGUAUAUUCCUCUACUCAUAAAUAAUGUUUCUUGUAUUAAUAUUUUGUGUGGGCAAGUAUGGCUCAAGCAUUGACCUCAUUGUCUACUUCUGUGGAUUCAUUAUUUAUAAACUGUACUGAGUCUUUUCAGUUCUAGUAUCUUAUGAGUCUUUUUUUUUCUACUGUAAUACUAAGACUCUGUAGCUCCAUACAGUAUACUAGACAAGGUUCAUUCCACUUUAAUUAGUUGAUUAGUUACACGAUCAAAGUAGUUUAUGCAGAAGAAAGCAUUAGAGGAUUAUUACUACCACAAACAAGAAAAACAAAAGAGGAGCUUAAUAAAUUUCAAUGUUCUUGAGAGAUCAUACUUGUACAUUUGUCUCAUUAUUUGGGGGACUAUAAUCAAUUUCUAAACCAUUGUUGAUAAUAUGUCUACCAAACAUUAUAUUUCUGGUAUUGUUUUUUCUUUCUUACUAAAAUAAACCAUUUUAGUUAAUUUGCCAAAAGGUAAAAUACUAGUUGUGAUUUAUACUGCAGAACUUAUAUGUAUUUGUAUUGAAAUAUAAGAGUUAUAAGUU